UGACGACGAUGUUGAUAAAGUAAACAUCGCCACAGUGAAAUUGUUUAUAUCCGUCAACGCGACAGCGAUGGCUGCUGCAUAAGUGUACAAUGAACAAACGAAGGAGAAACAUAAAGCAGAGGAAGAAGCAGAACAUGAAGAGGAAGACAAACUGCCAGAAAGGUGUUGUUUUGGCAAUGAGCUUAACGGUUAAGUCAGUUAGUGAAAGAAUUUCGGACUGGUGAAACGUGUAAACGGAAAGCAAUAACGGCAGAGUGAAAAAAAAAUAGCUCAAGAAGUAGAAAAAAAAAUUGUAAAAAAUAAGAAAAAUAAAAUAAAAUUAAUUACGAAAUUGUAAAAGUGGAUAAAAGCUGAAAAAAAGUAAUAAGCAUUAAAUAAUAAUAAGAAAAGCGAAAGGAGAAACGCAUACUGGCAGCCAGUAAAAGAAUAUUAUGUAGUUAAAGUGAGCCAGCGAGCGAGCAAGUGAGUGUGUGAGUUGCGGCAGGCAGCACGGGAAGUGGUUGCGAAAGGCGAAGCAUUGAAAGCAGCAACAGCAACAGCAUUCAUUAUUGUACACACACCAAGUGGCAAGAAGUAGUAAAUGUGAAGCGAAAAAAAAGUUGUGAAAAAAGUAAUACUCCAAAAAAAGGGCAAAAGCGAAGUGUGUGUGGCAGGAGAGCGAAAAAAUAGGAAAUUAAGAAAAAAAAGGUGAAGAAAAAAUCGCUGGGAAAAAAAGUGGAAAAAAAAUUACAGUUAAAGUGUGAAAAGCUGUGCAAAGUUGUGAGCGCACUGAAUGCAAGCGUGUGAAGCGGCGGCGGCGACGGCGACCACUCUAAUUGGGGCAGUAGCAGUGGUACUACGGGCAGUCAGGAAUUCGCGACACCAGUGAGGUGCCACAUGUAGUAGAUGAUAUGUUAAACACUGGUGACCAUAUGCAACGGCCAUGUCAACAUGAUCAACUAUUGUUAACGGUACAACAUACAAAUGCAGCAACAAUAUUUUAUAAUCACACGCAGGCGGCACAUUGAAACUGCAUAUCGCGACGGGAGUGUACAACAAUAACAACUGAAAGGUUUGCAACCAAGAACCAACAACAAUAAAAAAUAAAAACCAAAAUCAAAUCACAAUUCCCAUAAACAACAUUACAACAAAAACAACAGCAACACACAACACAAGCAAUAUUACAUUAGCAUAUCGUAAUUGUAGUUAAAGUGAACACACACACACACGCUAGCAUAAUAUUCAAGUUAAGAAGACACUCAGACUCAAAACCACACACAUAAACACACAUAUAUACAAACGCACAUACGACACGUAAACGUAGAAUACAGACGGUUUUUAUGAGGCACCAACAGACACGCACCUAUCAAAGCUCCCAAAUGAAAUUCAUACCUAAAAAUAUGCACUACUCGCAUGCAGCUAUGAAUCUGAUAAAUAUGGAUUCGGAAAAUCGGGUCGUGCUGAAUGUGGGCGGCAUUCGGCACGAAACGUAUAAGGCGACAUUGAAGAAAAUACCCGCCACCAGAUUGUCACGUCUCACCGAGGCGUUAGCCAAUUAUGAUCCCAUAUUGAAUGAGUAUUUUUUCGAUCGGCAUCCGGGAGUCUUUGCUCAAGUACUUAACUACUAUAGAACCGGUAAGCUGCACUAUCCGACAGACGUUUGUGGGCCACUGUUCGAGGAGGAGCUCGAGUUCUGGGGCUUAGAUUCGAAUCAAGUCGAACCAUGCUGUUGGAUGACAUACACGCAGCACAGAGACACACAAGAGACAUUAGCGGUAUUAGAUCGUCUGGAUUUAGAUACAGAAAAACCGUCCGAAGAGGAAUUGGCGCGCAAAUUCGGUUUCGAAGAGGACUACUACAAGGGCACAUUGUCGUGGUGGCAAGAAAUGAAACCGCGCAUUUGGUCGCUCUUCGACGAGCCAUACAGUUCGAAUGCGGCCAAGACAAUCGGUGUAGUUUCGGUAUUUUUCAUUUGUGUAUCCAUAUUAUCAUUCUGCCUGAAAACACAUCCGGAUAUGCGUGUACCAUACCUCGUUAAUACAUCGGUGAAUACAUCCAGUGGUAAUAUGGCAUGGUACAUCGAUAAACCGCAAACAAAUGCACAUAUAGCUUUCUUUUAUAUCGAGUGUGUUUGUAAUGCUUGGUUUACGUUCGAAAUACUGGUUAGAUUCAUAUCCUCGCCAAAUAAAUGUGAAUUCAUAAAGUCAUCUGUUAACAUCAUAGAUUAUAUAGCAACGCUUAGUUUUUAUAUCGAUCUUGUGCUUCAACGGUUCGCAUCUCAUUUAGAGAACGCCGAUAUUUUAGAAUUCUUAUCAAUUAUACGUAUUAUGCGUCUAUUUAAAUUGACGCGUCAUUCGUCCGGCCUUAAAAUUCUAAUACAAACGUUUCGUGCAUCGGCAAAAGAGCUCACGCUGCUGGUGUUUUUCCUCGUAUUGGGCAUUGUGAUUUUCGCAAGCCUAGUUUACUAUGCGGAACGUAUACAACCGAAUCCGCAUAAUGAUUUUAAUAGUAUCCCGUUGGGUCUAUGGUGGGCACUGGUCACGAUGACCACCGUCGGUUAUGGUGAUAUGGUGCCAAAGACCUAUAUUGGCAUGUUUGUGGGCGCAUUGUGUGCGCUUGCCGGUGUGCUAACGAUCGCACUGCCCGUACCCGUCAUUGUGAGCAACUUUGCCAUGUACUACUCGCAUACGCAAGCCAGAGCUAAACUGCCGAAGAAACGGAGAAGAGUGCUUCCGGUUGAACAGCCCCGUCCACCAAGGUUGCCAGGUCAAACGGGCGGCGUUAGCGGUUGCGGUACACCCGGUUCCGGACCGCAUUCCGGACCAAUGGGAUCUGGCGGCACCGGUCCGCGGCGUAUGAAUAAUAAAGCGAAGGAUUUGGUCAGUCCGAAGUCAGGUCCCAUCGGCGCCAGCAUUGUGGCGAUGAGUCCGCGCACUAUGUUGGACUUAAAUCCGGCAUUGGCGAUGGGCAAACCGACCUUCGAAUCGAAAGGUCCACCAAUCACCAGCAAGGAUAUCAAGGAUGCAACAACCAUACGCAAUCCACUGGAUGCCGGUGGCAAGAAGAACUUUUUAUAGAUGUAGUAUUUGUAUAAAAAGUGUAGUCAACAAAUUAAUGAAAAUAACGUAAAAGAAAAAAAACACUAACAAAUAAUUAAAAAAUAAAUAGUAAAUAAAAGAUAUUAUGACAAAUUAUAUGCGAAAGUAAAGCGUACUGUUUCAGAGUGAGAAGCAAAAUACAAAAAAUACGCAAAAAGGUAGUAGAAAGCGUAGUAGAAAGUGUGGUAGAAAAGGUAGCAGAAAAGUUAGUAGUUUAGAACAAAUGUGGCGGAGCGUGAAUUGUACCAAACCAAAAUGCAUUUUAACUAAUUGACUAAUUAAUUUAAAUACUAUUUAGCUAAAAAAUAUAUAUAAAAAAUAAAAGGAGGGAAGCCUACUAGUUAUUUCUAAUCUACAUGCAUACAUACAUAUAUACAUACAUGAAUAGCAAAUUCUAAUAGCCUAAAUAUUUCUAACCAACUGCAUACAUACUUACAUGUUUAUCUACAACAAAAGCAUAA